AUGGGUUAUCCCAUCAUCGCAUACAUUCUCUUCGUUGGCGUCAUUUCACUCUGGGUUGAAGGCCAGUUUCCCAGAGUCUGCACUGACCGGGACAGUCUGAGAGACAAGAUAUGUUGUCCUACCCCUAAAGGUUUCACCACACAAUGUGGUUCCGAUGGAGACAGAGGAAAGUGCCAGGAAUUGACCAUUCGUGACUGGACAAUCAAGUACAGCCAUUUCCAACCGUUCCAGAUGAAUGACGAAAGACACGACUGGCCCCGUGGUCUUUACCACAAAGUCUGCAAAUGCAACGCAAACUAUGCAGGUUACGAUUGCAGCAAAUGCGCGUUUGGUUACUACGGCAAGAACUGCACGCAGAAGAAAAAUUUGAUACGAAGAAAUUUUCUGAGCCUGACAGCCGAGGAGAAAGAUCGAUUCAUGAGUGCGCUAACUCAACUAACGCCUACUCGGUAA